AGUAACACGGUGCUCCAUCUGGACAUGGUGACGGGCGCCGUGCGGAGGCUCAUGCUGUCUCCAGACGCCGAUCAGCCUUCAACCAGAGCGUCCAGUUGGUGGAGCAGUAAGGAACAACAGGAAGGACAUAAAAUGUGUCACGACUUUGCCCACAAAAACUGGCUCCUCUUCUAUAAGGCGGAUGGCAACCAGCUGGAGGUGCUGGAUGUGCUGGAGGGCCGGGUUCACUCCAUCUCCCUUCCCAUCAACCUGAAGUCCGUCUUCCUGGUGGCAGAGGACCGCUGGCUGCUGGUGGAGAGCAACACCAACAAGAAGUUCCUGCUGACCAAGCCCAUGCAUAUGACGGCCGAGGACUCGGGGGUCUGUCAGCUCCACAGCAUCAGCGAGGACCCGGUCAGCUCAGGCCAUGGAGCCAGCUCAG